AUGAGAGCUCUAUCUCUUUUCUUAGCCCUCUUCUGUCUCCUGGGUCUCUCCUCUGCCUCCCCGGGGCAAGAUGUGGUCAAGCGAGUCACCAGCGGAUCGCUUCAGCAAGUGACUAACUUCGGAUCUAACCCCUCUGGCACGCUCAUGUACAUCUACGUCCCUAAGAACCUAGCCACUAAGCCUGGAAUCAUCGUUGCUAUUCAUUACUGCACCGGCACCGCACAAGCAUACUAUAGCGGAUCCCCCUACGCACAGCUGGCUGAGCAGUAUGGCUUCAUCGUCAUCUACCCUCAGAGCCCCUACAGCGGUACCUGCUGGGACGUCAGCUCCCAAUCCGCCCUGACCCACAAUGGCGGCGGCGACAGCAAUUCCAUCGCCAACAUGGUUACCUGGACCAUCAGCCAAUACAACGCUGAUACCAGCAAGGUCUUCGUGACAGGUUCCAGUUCUGGAGCCAUGAUGACGAACGUCAUGGCCGCCACCUACCCCGAACUCUUCGCCGCCGCAACAGUCUACUCGGGGGUCUCCGCCGGCUGCUUCUACUCCUCCUCCAACCAAGUCGACGGCUGGAACAGCAGCUGCGCCCAAGGCAACGUCAUCAGCACCCCGGAGGUCUGGGGCGGCAUCGCCAAAGCAAUGUACCCGGGGUACACGGGCUCGCGUCCCCGCAUGCAAAUCUACCACGGCAGCGCAGAUACCACUCUCUACCCGCAGAACUACUACGAGACCUGCAAGCAGUGGGCAGGUGUAUUCGGAUACAACUAUAACUCGCCGCAGUCGACGCAGAGCAAUACCCCGGAGGCAAACUACCAGACUACUAUCUGGGGACCGAAUCUGCAGGGGAUCUUUGGAACGGGUGUCGGGCAUACGGUUCCUAUUCACGGGGCGAAGGAUAUGGAGUGGUUUGGGUUUACGGGGGGUUCGUCUACGACUACGACCAAGUCUACUACGACGAGCACGACGACGUCCGGGGGGUCGUCGACUGGCACUGGGGUUGCGGCGCACUGGGGUCAAUGUGGAGGGAAUGGGUGGACCGGGCCGACCGUCUGCGCGAGCGGGUAUACAUGCACGGUGAUAAAUGCGUGGUAUUCCCAGUGUUUGUAG